UGAAAUAUUUAAGGACUAUAAAUCAAGCCCUUCGAAAUGGGAGUAUCAGAUCCUGGGUCGUCAACCACUCCAGACCUACCUCCACUAGACUCUGAGCGUCCUGGCUCCGGCAGCGGACUUGAUGAUGAGGACAUCCCUCGGAGGAAACAGAGGAGAUAUAGAACAACCUUCACCAGUUACCAGCUUGAUGAGCUGGAGAAAUCAUUUGGAAGAACACAUUAUCCCGACGUGUUUACUAGAGAGGAACUCGCACUCAAAAUUGGUCUCACAGAAGCCAGAAUACAGGUGUGGUUCCAAAAUAGGCGGGCAAAAUGGCGAAAGCAAGAAAAAGUGGGGCCUCAUGCACAUCCUUAUAGCGGAUACUUGGGCAGCGGACAACCUCUACCUACAUCCGCUACUCUACCCGCUCCGCCUCAUCCGUUGACACAAUUAGGAUUUGGACUUAGAAAACCGUUUGACAACGCUUUAGCAUCUUUCAGGUAUCCCAACAAUCCAUUAUUCGGAGCUCAAUAUCUGCCACCGCUAUCGCGACCACCUCUAUUCGGAGCCCCACUCUACGCCGCAUCGCCCGCUCACUUCCACUCGCUCUUCGCUAACCUCACCAUGCCUGAACCUCCCCGGCUUUCCCCCGAACGAUCGCAAUUAUCUCCAGAAGUCUCCCGAUCUCCAGCCCCGUCCAUAUCUCCUCCAAUUUCUCCAGGGAGCGAGACGUUACCACCGCAAAUGGAAGAUGUUAGAAUGUCUAGUAUCACCGCUUUAAGAAUGGCCGCACGGGACCAUGAAAUAAGAUUAGAGUUGUUACGACAAAGGGCAGAUUUAAUUUGUUGAUAUCAAAUUUCUUAAACAAGUUGCUGUAAAUUAAUUUUAAUACAUAUUUAUUGCUGUAGUUUUACUUCCACUUUGUAAAAUAUGAGUAGAUUACAAAAUUAAACUUUUCUAUAUGUCCAAUGAAAUAGACUAUAAUUUAUAUUCAAUUUAUCAUUUGUAAAUAUAAUUUACCCUGUAUAAAUUAUACAAAAUUACGUAUAAAUAGAAUAAUCUUUGUUCUAGAGUAGUUUACAAAUAUUUUAAUGUUUAAGUAAAAUUAA